AACGUAUAUCAUAAUCAGAGAACGUUUAUCAUGAUAUUAUACGUUCUCUGUCUAUUGUUAGCACUUGUCUUUUGUUUUUGGAACGUAUCCGCCAUUUUAAUUCCAAAAAUUUAGAUUUGACAGCAAUUUUAAUCAUAGCGGAAAAAAUGUCGGAACAUUCAGAUGAGGUCAGUCAAGUUACAAAAGAUGGUGAGAUCGAUGGACCAAGGAUAAAUAAUUUUGCCCAAAAAUUUUUGGAUGAAUUAAACGAGGAACGUGAUAGACUGAGCAAUGAGUUUCCAUUGUGUGCGCUGCUUAUAGAGGAAGCUAUUGAAAGAGUGUGCACUACAGGCCGAAUUCCUGGAAGAGAAUAUUAUGCUGAUGUUUACAAACAAAAGCCUAUCAAAUUGGUUCAAAAAGUAUUUGUCCCAAUUAAACAAUACCCAAAGUUCAACUUUACUGGAAAAAUAUUAGGCCCUAAAGGCAAUUCACUUCGUCGUUUGCAAGAAGAGACCCAGUGUCGCAUUGUCAUCAAAGGACGGAAUUCCAUACGCGACCGUGCUAAGGAGGAAGAAAUGCGUAAUUCGGGCGAUCCACGACACUCUCAUUUAAGCAAAGAUUUAUUUGUAGAGAUUAGCACCGUCGCAACACCUGCAGAAGCUUACGCUCGUGUGGCAUACGCUCUGGCUGAAAUACGAAAAUAUCUAGUUCCUGACAAGAAUGACGACGUUGCGCAAGAACAACUUCGUGAACUUAUGGAAAUCGAUCCGAAAUCCGCAAAGCAGUUUUCUAAAUCAAUAUAUGACAACAAAAUAAUAUCCAGUGGUCCAUCCAAGUAUUUGAAUUUUGUAAAACAGUAUGCAUAUCAGAUUGAUCCAUCUAAAGAGGAGGAAUCAGAAGAGGAGUAUUAUGAAACUCGUAUUCCUAAGCGUACAAUCGUUCCGGCUUACGAAUAUACCCGAGCAAAAAUUGUGCCAACAACUUUGCCCUAUAAACGUCCACCAACUGCCUCUAUAUACGGAACUCAAAUGAAACGUUUCCGCGAAGCUCCAGUUAGACCAGCAAUAAGACCCGUUGCACAUGGAGUAUUAAAGAGAUAUAAAUAAAUAACAGUAUAACAAGUUUUCAUUGAAAUAAAUAUGCAGCAUAAAUAAUAACAUUUAACUUAUCAUAUGUCAUCAAAAAGUAUCGUAAUAAUAUAUAAAAUAAAAUUUUUAAAAAUAUGACAAAACUGUAAGUAAGAAUAGAUUAGAUCUGGUUGCUAUUGAUGCUCCAUAUUUCAAAUCUGUAACAAUAUAUAUAUAUAUAAUAUAAAACAAUACAUAUUUACGCAUAUUCGAAGUGCACAGAGAUUAUUGUUCAAUUGUAAAACAAUAAUAAAUAAAUAUUGUCCAAUAAAAUAAAACUUGAAUUCAUUUACCAAAAUGGUUAAAAGCAUUUAAACAAAAACCAAUAACUUAAAGUAAUUGUUAACUUAUCCCUUUCAUAAAACUAAACUAUAAAAAGUAGAGAGCCAAUAUGAGAUAGUUGUAUACAAAACUUGUAUAAACUAUACAAAAUUAAAAAUUCUAGUUAAAGCUCUGAUUGAUCUAUUAAGUUAAAUGAUAACAUUAAAUACUUUACCUUAUAAAAAGACAAAAAUAUAUUUUUAUAUAACAAAAAAUGUUUUGUUUUUAACGGAGUAUUAUUACAAUAAACAUCCCAUUUGAAUGCUUUUUUCCUCACGAACCUAUGAAUAUUUUAACAUAAUUUUAAAUAAAAGAUUUUGCCAGUAUUAUUUUUUGCAAAUAAAUAAUAAAAAUUAUAUAAUUUGUUUUAUUUAACUGAUCUAAUGGAAAGACUUCGGAGUUCAAUUCAAUUUUAAGUGUGAAUUUUUGAGGAAUUCGUAUUCGAUUAGGGUUUUCACAUGUCUCAUAAAGUUAUAACGAUUCGAAAACAUAGCAUUGAGAAUUGUAAAUGUGUAAACUCAUUUUUGUAUGAAAUCCAACAACAAUUUUUUUAAACAAGUGUAAAAAUUUAAAAUUUUACAACUUUACGAUGCUUUACGCAGAAAUUCCUCUGUUGAGAAAAACAAAACAAAUUGAAAUUACGAAAUGUGUAAACCCUGUCCUAGUCAUCUGACAUAUUGUCAAAAAAUUGUCAUGUUUUCGUUUUAUUCAUUUUCGUGAAGAUUAUUCCGAGAAAACGAAUAAUUUCUUCACUUGGAAAAGUUUUUAUAAUAAUUAGUAAUAAAACGGUAUAAAUAGAAUAUAUUUCAACAAAUUUAA